GAGCGCUUCAUGUUCGUUUGACUCUUUCAGCUGGAAUCAAACUCCGCAGCCAUGUUCUGCUGUUUAAAGCUGCUGCCAGCCUCGCUGCAGGUCUGCAUGGGGAUGUGUCUUCGCCAGGACAUCACCGAGGAGAGCAAGAAGGCGAAACUCCAGAGCAUUAAAAUAGAACAAGACCUCAGUGAACAGGCCAGGACUGAGCAGAAUGUGAUCAAAAUCCUCAUGCUUGGGGUUGCAGAGAGUGGAAAGAGCACACUGAUCAAGCAGAUUAAGAUUAUCCACAGUCAUGGUUUCUCCAAACAGGAGCUGAUUAGUUUCAAGCCUGCAGUUCUCGAUAACAUUUUUACCUCUAUGAAGAUUGUUCUACGCGGUAUGGGGAUGCUCAGGGUAAACCUGGCCAACAUGAAAAAUAAGCUGCAUGCCAGCUGCAUCCUGUCCUGCAGCCAGUGUGUGGGGGGCGACCAGGAGCUGCUUCCCUUCGUCGCUCACGCUCUGGGCGCGCUGUGGGCCGACAGAGGGGUGCGAGCGGCCGCGGCCCGGGGCUACGAGUUCCAUCUGAACGACUCCGCUCUCUAUUUCUUUGAGAACAUGAGUCGAAUCAUCCGACCCCACUACAUCCCCACCGAGGCGGAUGUUCUGCGAGUCCGUGUGAGGACCUGCGGAAUCAUCGAGACGCAGUUUCAAGUUAAUGGCAUGACGUUUCGUGUGUUUGACGUCGGAGGCCAGCGGAGCGAGAGGCGGAAGUGGCUGAGCUGCUUCGAUAACAUCCAGUCUGUGUUGUUCGUCGUGGCUCUCAGCAGCUUUGACAUGACUCUGCUGGAAGAUCCUUCAGUGAAUCGGUUGCAGGAAAGUGUUGAGCUUUUUUCCUCGAUCUGCACCAACCCGGUCUUCGAGAAAACCUCAGUGAUUUUGUUCAUGAACAAAACGGACCUUUUCCAGAGGAAGAUCUUGCAUCUGGGAAGACACUUGAGGUUUUACUUUCCAAGCUAUAAAGGCGCUGAUGGAGACGUGUCGGCUGCAGCCCUCCACAUCACCGCCAUGUUCGCAGCGUGUCGAGACGACUCCAGCAAGCCCGUGUACCACCACUUCACCACCGCCACGGACACCGCCAGCAUGCAGGACGUCUUCCACAUGACCGUCGAUCAGAUUAUCAGGGAGAACCUGGCCGCUGUCCAGCUGCUGUAG